CUGUGCUUGGUAGCGACGGCCAUGGUCAUCCUAGCCACACUCCCCAUCUCUGCUUCAUCCCUCACAGCAAAACAAAAGCGUCUUCAAGCAGACGACCUUGUCAAGGCGGGAAAGUACUCGGCUGCCAUCCGUGCUUACACCCAAGCCGUCGACAUUGAUCCGCAAGAUGAGAUGAACUACUACAAGCGAGCACUGGUCAAGCUCGCCCUGGGUCAGUUCAAGCGGGCGCUGACCGACUUUGGGGCGGCAAUCGAGGUGGCGCCUGAGUUUACCAAGGCGCGGCUCCGGCGCGCGGGCAUUGAGCUGCAAAUGGGCUCCUUUGACGCGGCGACGGCGGACCUCAACGCGGUCAUUUCGAGCGGGACGAGCGGAAAGGCGGCUGGCGAGGCCACGAGCAAGCUGCAAGAGGUGACGACGUGCGCCAACCUGGCGAGCGCGGGGCGGCUGGCGGCGACACGGGCGGCGUGGGCGGCGGCGCGGGAGAAGCUGACCGGCGCGGUCGAGUGUGCGUCCAAGGACGCGUCGCUCCGGAUGGACCGCGCGCAGGUGUUGAUGAACCUCGGCGAGUGGGAGGCGGCCAUCGGCGAUGCGGCCCGAGCGGCCAAGCUUCAGACGGCCGAUCUUGAGCCGCUGCGGCUGCUGUCGGAGCUGUACUGGAAGCGCGGCGACCUCGACGAUGCGAUGACGCAGCUGCGGAGCUGUCUGCAGUCGGACCAGAGCCACAAGGGCUGCCGCCAGCUGUACAAAACGGUGAGAGCGGUGAAGAAGGCGUGGGACAAGGGCGAGGCGUUUGCUGCGUCAGGCAAGCACGCUGACGCGGCCGACAAGUUUGAGUUUGCGCUCGGCGUCACCGGCCUGGCGCCGGUCUAUCUCGGGCGGCUCAAUCUGGCCCUUGCGCGUGCGCUGACCAAGGGCGAUUCCCGCUCUGCGCGUGCUGUCGCGGCCGUCGACGCCGCGCUCGCAGCUGAGGACAACAUGCUCGACGCCUUGCUGCUCAAGGGCGACUUGCAUGUUGCUCGCGAAGAGUACGAGGCGGCGGUCCAGAUCCUGACGCGGGCCAAGCAGGCGUACUCGUCAAACCAGGCCGUGGCCAACAAGCUCCACGAGGCGCAGCGGCUGCUCAAGAUCUCGCUCCGCAAGGACUACUAUAAGAUUCUGGGCGUCUCCAAGUCGGCGUCCAAGAGGGAAGUCAACCGCGCGUACCGCAAGCUCGCCCGCCAGUGGCACCCGGACAAGUGGAAGACGCCUGAGGACAAGGCCAAGGCCGAGGAGAUGUUCAAGGACAUCGCAGCCGGCAAAGAGAUCCUCUCCGACCCACAGAAGAAGGCCAUCUACGACCGUGGCGACGACCCGUUCGACCCCAAUGCCGGAAGCGGCGGAGGCGGAGGCUUUGGCGGCGGCUUCCCCUUUGGCGGCGGGACCCAUUUCACGUUCCGGACCGGGUAGCAGCCUGGGCUCCGCAACGAGCGGGCGUGGGUGGUCGCCAUCAGACUCGUGAUAAACUCGUGUUGGGCCAUCGUGAGCUCACAGGACAA